UUAACUUGACACUAUAUCGGGGUGUAUGUUAAAUGGUUAUCAGACAUUUACUCUAGUACAUCUAAACAUUGAUUUUAUCGGUGUCUGUUCUUUUAAACCACGUCGCAAACGAAAGGACAAAUUGAUUGAAAAGUUCAAACAGAUAUCGCAUUAAUUGUUUACCUUUUUUCAUUGUCAAAAAAUAUGAGUGCAUAAUCAAUUACGCGUUGAAGGAUUAUCUUCAUUGAUAAAAAAGGGAUAAUACUUUAGUUUGUCAAGGGAACUACGGACUAUGUCAUAACAUGAUUUCUCUAAGUCGUAUCCAUAGAUAUUUCACUAUUGAACUGUCAAAACUAGCGGAUAUAAAUAUGUCAUAAUUAUGUAUCAUUGGGAUAUUUAUUUUCAUACUUGAUGAGAUUUAAACAUAUUUUAUACGUCGCUUAAAUCUCGUCUGACGAAAAUAUAUACUAUAUCGGUUAAAGGGAAAUCUGUCUUAAAAAUGACUGAAGAUUGAAAUAAGUGUAUGGAUAAUAAAAGCUGCCUAAAAUAAGUGAUUCAAUAUGUCGAAUUCAGUAAAAUUAGUUCCUAUCCGGAAGUCGCAUAGUUUCUCCCUGAAACCGGCUCGGAGCUGGACUGGAGGUUCUAUGCACAGUGACCCCGGAAACUGGUCAUUGCGAUCUGGAAGUUUGAAGAUGCGCCCUGUUCUGGACUUCCGAAUGCCGACCCUAGCAAAUAAAGGCCCAUUUCUUCUUCCAAUUGAGGACAUAGCUGCCAAAACAAAAUCACGUCUUCAGCAGUUAGAAACGCAUCCACCAUCGAGCCUUAAAGAUAUCAGACAAGCACUUUCUGAUGAAAUAAAAACAAUUCAGAAAAAGCUCACAAGAUUGGAACGGUCUUACUAUGGUGUCGGAAAAUCACUGAACCACGAGGUGAAAAAAUACGCAACGCCAAUUAAGAUUCUUGUACGCAUGCUGGGGUAUUUCGAAUUGCCAUCCGUCAAGGCGAUUGAAGCAGCCUUAAAAUACGGGUCAGACCCAAAAAGGUACAAAGGUGACCCUGAAAAUGUAAACCUUUUAAAAGAAGUUUACGCAAAAGUCCAAUCGUUUGUCCCAGGUAAAUUUGCAGAUGUAACUGAGUUAUGUGAGAAAAUGCUUGAACUUUUGGAAAAAUAUUGUAUCAGUUUUUAUGAACCAGAUGGUGAAAUAGAAGUAGAAACAGCCCUGCAUUACGAGACACAGAUUCGAACAUGGAAACGAGUAAUUCGAGAGACCUUAGGAAAAAUAAAUGAAUUAAUGGUUCAUUUUAAAAACAGAGGAAUUCAUCACACUAUGUUUACCUCCACUGUGGCAACAUUUUGUCAGAGGAAUGAAUGUGAAAUUGUCCCAUUUCUCUUGCUAUUUGCUGAAGCGUGUACCAACAUAAGAACUGUUCUUUCAAUUAUGGUACAGUGGUUAAAAUCUGACGAAAACUAUAGUGUUUUUCUUCAUAAUGACGUCACUGAUUUAGAACGACAAAAAGAAGAACAGACAAAAGUAAUGCGCGAAGCACGAGAACAUUACCAUUCGGCUAUGUAUAAAGUCAAUCAGGCGGAAACUGAAUAUGCAAAACUUUUGCACGAACUUGAACAUCUUCAAGAAAAAGAGGAAGCCAACGAAAUCGAAGAAACAUUUCUCAUAAACAAGUGCAAUGAACUAGAAUUGGACAUGGAGUUCAAAGAAGGCCGAAGAGAUGAUCUUAGGAAUAAACCAUUAGAUGCAGAUAUAGAAUCUUUAGCAAUUACAUGGGAUAAUUUGAACGAGGAAAUACGUAUUCUGAAAGAGAAUCUACCGGGGUUUAAACGACAACUAGCAACAGUACAACAUAGACGAGAAUGGAUGACGGAGCGUAAACACCAUCUCGAGAAGAUGGAGAAGGAGAUAACGCUAUUAAAACGAGAUGGAAAAGUAGCUGUAAAGGACAAAUGUAAACGCGAAGCGGAAUUCGAGACAAUCGAGAAAACUCUGGAAGUAUCGAGAAGGUUAUUGCUGCACAAAACAAGCAAUGACUCUGUUUCUAAGAUUUUUUAUGACUUACCAAUCACUGCCAGGCAUAAUAAAGGGAAACUACCAUGCAUUUCAAAUGGAACAGAUGGUACUUUGGACAGAGCAUGUGCCGUUGUAGUCAAACAUAUAGACCAGGACUGGAUUCAGCUAUACCGAAAACUGCCGUUCUUCCCUACACGAGGAUCUGAAACUAUCGAAAAAGACAUUGCAAGUAUUGCUAUAGAAGGUGCGCGUGGACCAAAAGAAGACAUCGCCGCAGUUGCUCUAGCCAGAUGGCGCCGUCAUCAUACUCGCGCACGCGCAGAAGACCUCAAACAAGGACUGAAAGCUAUUAAACGCUUUGAAACUAUGAAAGCGGUUGACUUGACGAUUCAUCCACCACCAGUUAUUGAGGAGCCACCUGAAUAUAUCCCACCGGAACUAGAUCCUUCAUUGAUUCCACAUUACCGUGAUGUUGUAAAACUAGACAAGUUGAUUGCAGCAAAAAGAAUCCAGGUCCAUCAACUACCUCCUGAGGAUUAGUUUCUAAUCAAUAGCAAUGUCAUUUGAAAACAUUGUGUUUGAUUAACAGCGAACAAUAUAAACAAAGUCGCUCAGUUUCAAGUAUUACACAAUCCUAUGCCGUUAAAUUGGCCUCCUCAUACUGUGAUAUUUUUGAGAAAAAUAAUUUCUGUGUUAGGUCUCCAGAGUUUGAAGAAAGAGAAUUCCUUAAUUUCCUAAUGAACUCUGGAACAUCAUAUGUUAUCGUAUGUUUAAGAUGAACGAUAGUUAAACGGGUUAUUUUUGUGCAAAUUUAUAAGCCAUUAUGUAUUUUGUAUUUCGUUCCAAGAUAAUUUUUGCUAUAUUUUUUCAUACAAAAAGCAUUUGAAAUAUUAAGAUAAACACAUUCUUACAUAGUCACAAUGACAAAACGUUUUUUAUUCCAGUUGUUAUACGAAUGAAAUCUCUAUGCACACAGACGUGCACACAUGAAUAUGUUAGUUUAGCUUUCAUUUUUAUUCGAAAACAACUAUUGGUUAGACUUAUGUUCAUAUAUAAUUUAUAUCAUCAUAACAAAUCACCGAACUAAAAUUUAUAAGAAAAUGAGAAUAUGUAGCGGUUUAAAAGGAAUAAAAUCGAAAGUAAAAUCGGAUUUCUCGUAGGUACAACAUAUUUAACUUUUAAUUGAUAUAACUGGUUUAUAAAAUGCAAUAUUAUAUU